AUGCCUGACAGUACUGAGAAGCCGCAGCAGCCGUCGUCGCAAUCCACUCCGACGGAAGUCCGCCUCUUUGGGGAAGGGGAGCACACUCACGGUGCGCCCAGAGAGAAGCUGACCUUGGAGGAGAUCUACAGAUUCGCCGGGAAGCAAGAGGAAACAUCUUUGUUCACAGAUGACCAUCACCUUGUGCAGAUCUGGAGGCCGGAGGACCUCAAGCGCUCGCCUCUACGGAAAGUGCGAGAUACAUGCUCCAAGCUCUUGGGCCACCCCGCCGCCCCGCCACUGGCCCCGGGCCACUACCGGCUGCGUUUCAAAUGCGGCGACACCCAAACCACGGUGGACUGGCCAGAGGAGCAGACUGGGGCCUAUUUCGUCAAGUUUGCCAAGGAUGUCGGCUACUACUGGAAGGGGGGUCUCCAAUUCACCCCCAUGGGGACAUUCUACGGCGAUAGACAGGCCAAGCUCGCACGCGUGGGCGAGGGAAUGCGUCUGGCGGACUGUUAUGAUAUCACGUUCGUUCAGUACAUCUCGGCGUAA